AUGGGUUCUUCAAAACUCUUGGUCGCAUUCGCGCUAGUGAUUACAUUGUCCAUCUCCUAUGAUCAUUUAUCCGGAAUAGGAAUAAACGCGAUAGUUCUGCCUCCGGAUUGUUUCAACGACAAGCCAUGUAACAUAGCGUUUAAUAAUCAAGCAUGUAACAAAAUGUGUAGAGGAAUGUCUUAUAAAGAUGGUCGCUGCACGGACCCUGAACUCAUCCCUCCCUAUUUCUGGCGUUGUUGUUGUAACCCAAAAUAA